AUGGAAGUUGUCGUAGAUGUCGUGCUCCAUCGGACGUUCCCACCAUGGCCGAGUCGGACGUCUCGACUCCUGCCCCAGUCUCAAUGCCGCGCUCCUUCGGGCCAUCCAGCUGGACUCCCGGCCCUCGGGACACCGCUCGGUGUGCUGCCGUGGGCUUCUCGUGUUGGUUCUGGCCCGCAGCCCACAGUGCACCAUGGAAGCUGGAGCAUCGUCGCCACCGUCCGGGGAGUAGCCGGGCUGGGCGGAAGCAGCAGUCCAGGAGUAGAGGGAUUCCUGGAGCAUAGGGUCCUCCUCCUGGGGGCGGUCGCCUGCGGAGCGGAUCGGCAUUCUGAAGUGAUCAGCGAUAGGGGGAGCAGUCUUCCUCCACCAGUGCUUCCGUCUGGCUUUUUGCCAUUCCGGCGAAAGAGCGCCGGCCUGCACCUCAUUUACUCGGGAUGGCUCGUCGAACUCCCAGCAGGCGGCAGAGGUGGCUUGGAGCUUGGCGCCGUUGCCGCUGAGGUGCCCGAAGCAUGGGGUGGGGGGCCUCAGAUUCAGGCGCCUCCAGACCUGCUUGCGAUGAUGGCCCGGUGGCGAUGGCGCGCGCUCAGGAACCACCAGGAUCGAUUUGAGCUUGGGCGGUCCAGCGGAUCCGGACGGGGCAAGCAUCUUUGGAGGCGUUGCGGGUGGAGGCGAUUGGAUCGAGGCCGAUGCCGACAUGGCUUCGGCGGAUCCGGCGUGAUGCGGGGCGUCCUCCGUCUUAGCGUCACCAGAUCUGGCGGAUCCCGUCGCAGUAGCCUGUGGCGCCCCAGGAUGCGGAGCAGGGGCCGUCGUGGCCGUCGCUGCAGUUGGAUCAGCAGGCUUUCCUCCAUCUUCGUCAUCAAUGGCGGGGUCGUCUCAAUGCCGACAGACUCCUCGUCCCAGUCCACCAGCUCCACUUCCUCAGCAACCUCCGUCGAGACUCGAGUAGAGUGGGGUUGGGAUGGGUGGGUUGGGCGCUGCCGUCUCCUGAGAAGUGGGGGCGGCCAGCUGGGCUGUGGGCGACAGCGGCCGGGUGGCCGACGCCGUGGGGGUUGUGGCCGGGGGAGGCUGGGGCGCCGCCGCCGGGGAUGCUCUCGUUCGAACUCAUUCUCAUAUUUCAAUGCAGUGAACGAUGAUGAUCCUUGUUGGAGCUCUAUGGAACCUAAAAACAAAAGGUUGAGAUAUGAUUGA